UUAGCUUCCCCAAUUUAUUCUUGAUACUUUUAUUCAAUCUGGAAAUGGUGCUCAAUGUUCUAUACUUGUAACUCAACCACGAAGGAUCUCAGCUAUCAGCUUGGCCGAACGAGUGUCCUCCGAACGUUCUGAAAUUAUUGGUCAAUCCGUUGGCUAUACCGUCCGCUUUGAGACUAUUUUACCUCGUGCAUUCGGAUCUAUCUGCUUUUGUACCGUAGGUACCAUGGCACGCAAGGUGGAAUCUGGCAUGCGUGGUAUAUCGCAUGUCAUCGUAGACGAAAUUCAUGAACGAGAUGUGAACAGUGAUUUUAUGCUUAUUCUUCUGAGUGAACUUGCUCAUGCCCAUAAAGACAUACGAAUUAUUUUAAUGUCCGCUACUAUAGACGUUACCAUGUUUUGUGAGUACUUUGGAGGAUGUGCAGUUCUGGAUAUUGAAGGAAGAACUUACCCUGUCACAGCAUUUUAUUUGGAGGAUUGCAUCAAGAUGCUCAACUAUGUCCCUCCUCCACCUGACGAUCGCAAGCGAAAGCGUAGAGAGGAACUUGCUUCUAUUCAUAACGAUCCAGCUGAGAAUGCUCAUUUAAUUUGUCCAACUGAAUAUGGACCGCAA